AUUUAAAACCUCCGCUCUGAGAGCAAUGUGAGCUCGGUGCUGUGCAGACCUAUAUAAGAGGCUGUGAGUUAAAUAAUGUAGAAUUUUGUGCAAAGCAGAGGACAGUCAAGAAGGGAAGGUGCUGCAUGUUUUUUAGAUGGGAAAUCUGUUGGGCAGCUGGCGUUUCAAGGAGCCGAGCACCGUUGAGGAAUGCGACUCGACGUGGGGGUCGGACUCCGAGAGCGACGAGCCGGCGGCUGAAGAUGACAGCGGCAUGUCCGACUCCGUCAGCCCGGCGGAGAGCGAGCGGGCCGCCGGAGACUCGUCUCCGCAGCUUACUGAAUCCCCUGAGUCCGUUCCAAAGAUGAAGAGGAGUUUCUACGCUGCCAGGGAUCUCUACAAAUACCGUCAUAGCUACCCGAACUACAGAAAGUCUCGGCAACCCAAUGAGUACCGUAACCUCCGCUUCUACCUGAACAAGAUCCCUCUGGUCCCUGAUGGUAUCUACAUAGAGGAGAUUCUGACGAAGUGGAGAGGCGACUAUGACAAACUGGAGCACAAUCACACCUACAUUCAGUGGCUGUUCCCAUUGAGAGAACAAGGGCUCAACUUCUACGCACAUGAACUGACUCAGGACGAGAUCAAAGAAUUCCAAAGCACCCGGGAAGCCAAGCGCAGAUUUCUGGCCGCCUACUCCAUCAUGUUGGACUUCUAUGGGAUCAAACUGCUGGAUAAGAGUGGGAAUGUUGCUCGUGCUUCCAACUGGCAGGAGCGAUUCCAGCACCUAAAUGAGUCUCAGCACAACUACCUGCGCAUCACUCGCAUCCUGAAGUCCCUUGGUGAGCUCGGCUACGAGGCCUUCAAGGCCCCUCUGGUCCGUCUGUUCCUGGAGGAGUCGCUGUGUCACAACACCCUUCCCAACAUGCAGCACAGCGUCCUGGAAUACUUUGUCUACACCAUUCGCCUGCCAGCCACCCGCAGGCGGCUGCUCCGCUACGCCCGCCAGCACUACAGGCCCGCCCACGCUUUCCUCUGGGGCCCACCGCCUAAGCGGCGAGGUGGGGGUGGUGCUGGAGGGAGCGCAGGUGCUGGAAGUAGUGGCAUCAGAGCGCCUGCUCCAACACCAGAGCCGCAGAGGAGGGGGGAGGAGAGCAGCCCGACUGCAAGUAGUGGGAUUAUUGUGUCUUCCCAUGAUGCCAUGAUGUGCCAGGAGCUGGUUGGAGUGGGGCUGAAGGGCUCUGCAGGACUCGGCUCCAGUAUGAGCGGGCUGGAAGGAGCGCUGAUGAUGGUGGGGGCGAGAGGAGAGAUUAACGACUACAGUGAGAUUGUUCCUUUGUAGUCUCAGUGUAAAACAAAACAGCUGUUUUUAAAGUUACUGGUUGUAAAGAAUAAAACCUUUGUUUAUUCCAGAGCUCUCUGAAGCUUCUGGAUCAUCCUGUAGGUACAGAAACGUAGAGAGAAUAAGUACAACACAUUCAUAGAACUGACUGAAGUGACAUUAUUAGAAACAAUCCAGGUUAAGGGCUUUUCACAAAAAACUUCUCUGAUAGGUCGGUUCAGCUGUGUUGAAUAUGAGAUAACUAACUCGCCUUGGUCUAAAUCACAAACCAUGUAAAUCAUAAGAGAGCCAAGGCUUUUCCUGAUCAGGGCUACAUGUGAUCACAACUUAGACAGAAGACUGCCUUAUUUCAUUUUUAAACUGGGACUUUGUCUGAGAUGAGAAGGGUUACUGAUACUAAAAACAUUUCAGAAGAACCAAAACCAUCAUGUGACUGGCAUUUCAGUCAUGUGAUGAGGAAACAAAGUCCUGCGUUAUCACCAAACAUGUCAGAACAAGCUGAGCUGACUUUGUACAGGCGCUGUAAAGUGAAAACUAUAAUGUGAAGAAGAUCAGGAGAAGUUAGUCCUCCUUUCUUUUUUUAUUCUCUGGACACAAAGUGAGUGUGUGUGGGGGGAAGAGGGGGGGCUAAUUUAUCAUAGCAAUAUUCUUAAAGCAUUUGUGGAGCUUGAAAUCCUCACAUUGUUGUUAAUAAUAACCGGCACAACUGGAUAUUUAUCUGCACUGCAAUUUUCUUGUAUAAAAGCUGAAGGUAGCUGCUCCCUCAUGAAUUGUACAUAAAUAUACGUAGAGAGAAAAAGUGGACUUGUUGUGAUUAGAUGUCUGUGAUCAACAGUUAAGAAAUCACUUAAAUCACUACAGCGACCAUUUUCCUGUGAAACAAACUCAAAGAUAGAAAGUCAUGCUGUUAUCUGGAGGAUAAUAUCAUAUCACUGCAUCAUAGGAUGGAAAUGUGACAGAUCAAUAUAAGUCCAGCUUUCCUACAAAGAUAGUGAACAGUUCAAAUACGGAGGGACUCUGGAUGAUAUUUCAAAGUAAACCAUUUGAUCAUAUUACUCAAACUAUAACAGGAGUGUCAUUAUGUGCACAGAAUAUGAAUCAACAUGAGUAAGACACUGUCAUCCUCUUCAUGAGUGCUACAUCUGAGGAAAAUGGCCGCUGUGUAAAUAUGGUGACUAGAGGGACUUUUAAGUGACAUCACUUCUCUCCUAACCUACAACUAAAAAUCCAUGAAGAUACUCCAGAAGUCUGUCUGCAAUUGUGUCUGAGAAUAGUUUAUAUUCUGCGUCGCCCUUACGCAGCAGUUGUCGACGCAGAUGUGAGCUCUGCAUACUUGUGCGUCGAUGUGUCCGUAAGCAUGGUCUCUCCGAUGGUCGGGUUGUCUGUUUCCGGCCCGGCUACGAUCUCUGUUUAUUUUUCCACAGAGAUUCAGAGGAUACUAUGUUGAUUCAGAGCUGAUACAUGUAGCUGUUUAUCAUACAGCAAUGAUUACAGGGAAGAAAAAAGAGAACACCUCGGAGGAGAUGAAGUACACGGCCGAUGUAAAUGCGGGAAACACAAUGCAGCGGAGGGCUUGUGGUCUGCGUCAAUUCGAUGAGUAGUUACAUUUUGGAGGAGGUGUGCGUCAGCUCCAUGCGUAGGCCUCUGCGAAGGCAGGUUACUAGACAACAGUAAACUUUGUGCUAUUGAAGCAGGCUUAACCAUCUGAAAGAGUUAUUGAACCGUUGUAAAGCAGAUAUCUGUUGUUAAUGGUCGUUCCUGUUAACAGUUUGUACUUCAACUUGUAAAAAGUUGAAACUGCUGCUGUUGGGCAAGUUUAAGACAUUUUCCCACUGACUGCAAACAUUCACAAUUUGUGAUAUUAAAAUGAAUUCUACUAUUAAAAGAGCAAGACACAGUUUUUUGAUCUUGAAUAGUACUUACUGAACAAAUCAGCAUAGUGUGUACCGCUUUGUCCCCAGGGGCGCCAAAACCACCACAAACUGAAUGUUCCUCACAGGAGCUUUAAUGUGGACUCAUUUUUAAUAGUAGUUCUCUGCUUCCAGUGUUCCCACUCAAACAAACAAGCAGCAGCUGAAAUCAGAUGUUUUUAACUUUUGGGAAAUGUUUAAGCUUUUAUUAACAUUUUCUCUGACCGUGUUGUAGAAAUGGAUUUGUUCAUUUUUCCAAGUUUGGAGUGUUUGUCACCUAAAAGCCCUCUGCUCUUAACCUUAUAAAAGAGAUGGGAUGUGAAGUGUAACUGAAGUUAAUGUGAACAAACGUGAUGUGAAGGUUGUUGCACUUUUUGACAAUCCGUGUCUUCCUGUUGAAAGCGCUGUAGGUUUCUGCAAACUGUUUGGAAAUAGAUAGAAUCUAAAUAUGCUCCGAAACAGAUUGAUUGUUUUCCUCUUGCCUAACUUUGCAAUAAUUUGGCAAUAUUCAUUAGCUUCCAAUAAGGCUUCAUAUUGAUAAAGCUGACUAUCACUCAUUAUUCAUCCUUAUGGAAAUGUGUUCUUUAACACCCCUCAGUAUAUUCCCCUAACACUCUUCUACAACGAGGGUCACAUUAUUAGCAUGCAUAGCGCUCCUCUGAAAGUAACGCUGUAAUGUGUUUUAGGGUGUGCAGCUUCUUCAGGAAGUGAAGCAUAUUUACUGCAGCUGUACACUCACCUCUGAUGUGAGACGGUGAUGAGACACCUUAUCGUCAUCCACAUCAUGUCAGAGGUUCGCAGCAGCAGCUUGCCUGUGUUUUAGUUUUUAUUUUAAUAGCCUGAUAUGUGAGGAAGUGUGCUCUAGUGGUUCUCUAAGCCAAUGUUGACUCAGCAGAGAGAAUUUAAAGGGAUAGUUAACGUAUUUUUAAACUUGGGUCCUAUUUUUACACAUUUUGGGGUCUAAAUGACGAGUAUGAAAAGAUUGAAUUUCUUCGACUAGCAGCCACAAAACAGGCUGUAAGAAGUGCAGUGUUAUCUUUAGGAGCAAACACUUAAGGGAUAAUGUAUGGAUAGUUGGUAGUUAUGGGAUAGAAUCCUGACAGGGGGAGACAAAGACUCCAACUAAUAUUGCGUAACAGGAUCCAAUAUGAAAAUGUCCGUAGUUUGCCGAUUUAGCAUGCUAACCUAAACCAACGUUUUAGUCACAUCGUUUUGAUGCUAACGGAAACUACCCGUUUUACCUCACCUUACGGUCUAUGGUGUCAACAAGCAGAAGCAAAAUGAGCCGGAACUAUUUCCCAUGGAUUGAUUUGGCAUGACGUGUGAUCAGUUUGCCUCUGGCUGUUUGAUCAAUCAGAAUCAAGCAUCUUACACAACCUGAUAAUCAGUAAGAAAGCCAGGUGAUAAGCCUGAUUAAGGUCCUUUCUCAACAAUAAAUCUAUAUAUUUUUCAGUCUAGCAGUUUUGAAUUCUGAAAGUUAUAUUUUUGGGGCUUUUACACCUUUAUUUUAUAGAGGACAGUGGAUAGUGUAGGAAACUGGGAGAGAGUGGGGGAAUGACAUGCAGGAAAGAUGCCGCAGGCUGGAUUCGAGCCCGUGCCGCCUGCUACAUGGGCGUGCAACUGAACCAUUAGGCUAAGUCUGCACCCGCAGUUUUGAAUUCUUAUUCUAAGUGUCUGCUAAGAAUAUGAAAAGAACCCCUGCAGAAAGAUUAUUUCGGUCACCACGAGUAUCGGUUACUGGACGUCUCCAGACAAACACAGGAGUUUAACCUUCAGGGCGUUGGAGUUGGUGGUCUACCCCUGCCUCGAUUGUGUCAUUGCUCCUCUAAAGAAUAGUCUGUUGAAUCCAAACUCACCUUCCAAAACCCCAAAGUGAAACAGUCACAUAAAUAAGUCUUAAACACGUCAUUUAGACCUCAGUGAGUGGGUCCAGGUUUAUUAACACUUUAAGCCCACUUUAUGAUCGCUCUGUUUGAUUCUGCUGUAGAUAGUUCUCUGUGAAAUUAAAGCCAUGUGAGACAGCAAUGAUUCUGUCUGUUUUCAGCUGUUCUUCCUGUAGAAUGAAGCCUUUUUUUUAAUACAAGCUAACAAGGUCUCUACAUUUGCUCCCCAGCCAAGUGUAUCUGAUAUAAUUGUAAAACUAACUUUUCAGGUGAAUCGUGUGAAACAUGGGCUCAAGUAUCUGAAUUUUUAGUAUGUGUGCAUACACGUGUGUGAGAAUGUGUGUCUGAUAUUCUUAAGUGCCUUUUUUGUAUUUUUUAUGUUUCUGAAUGCUGUCUUUCCCGACUCAUGUCCCGUUCAUCCCGUUUUUUUGUAGAGCAUUUUGAUAUUUGCCUAAUUGUUGCAUUAUAAUCAUAAACAGUGAGUAUUAAUGUACAGUAACAGCAGGGAUGAAUCCCAUAAAGACUGGAGAGGUUAAUAAUAAUAUAUACUACUUGAAAUUGUAUUGGGCUUAUUGAUAAAAAUGUGAUUGUUUCAUUGAUAAAUAUUCACUAUGCUUUCAUCUUUCAUCAUAGAUUUGCCACAAUGACUGGACAUUUGCCCUAUAAUGUGAAUUUGCCACUCUUGACGUAAAUAAAAAUGGGAAUGUGGAUUAA